UGAUGCCAGCGGUAGUUGGACGGCGAGUUUCCUGACAUAAGGCCAGUGGUGCGGUGCCGCCAUCGUUGACAAUGGACUAGGUGGGAACAAGUCUCAGACGUCUAUUGGACUCGGUGCGAAGAACACACACGCCAGGAGAACUCGCGCGCGCGGGAACAGUUUUGUGUGCAAUUGACGACGCUCCUGUGUGUGUGUUUGUGAAGAUUUUCCCCGUUUUACUCAGUCGUGCGUCUGAUUUCGUUGCUGUGACGAGGAUAUUAACGACACCGGAUAAUAUACCGGAAUAUUUACGAAAAGCAUCGAUUUCCUGUUUUGAUAUUUGGAAAAUAACCGAGAAAGAAUAAGAAAAUCUCGGUCGAAAAAUUUAAGAUUUUUCCCCCUUUUUAUUUUUCGUUGGAAACUAUCAUUUUACAUCGUUCAGCAGUUGUUCACGGCAAGAUGUGUGUCAAGGCCGCAUUUAAGGAGUUCGUCCGUCACUUGAAUGGGUAAAUGUUGUUCCAAGGCGACCAAAGAACAACAACCCGGAGGGGAGGAGGAGGAGGAGGAGGAAAAGGGAGAGGAGGAGGAGAUCUUGCUGGAAUUAGUAGAUCCAGAAGGAGGAGAAGUCAUCGAAGACAUGACGGGCGGGACUCUAGUCGUGAGGAACCCCGCCAGCGGUAGGUGGCAGGUGACCACCACCCGGGAGAUCCCCAUCAGGAAGGUCGCGGGUACCGGGCAGAGGAAUGGCUCCGGGGGCGUCGCGGCGCCCGGCGCCUCCUCCGUCGUCACGAAGACGUUCCGCGUCAGCGGUAACGGCGGGGGAGGAGGGGCGUCGUCGGCGUCCUCCAGCACCACCAUGGUGACCAAAAGGGUCACCGGAGACGGGUCGUCUCCGCUCCUGAAGCAGAGGGUUCCUCCUGCUGCUGCUACUACUGCAGGAUUUGGAGGACGAUUCACUGCGACGUCAUUCGGGAACAACAACGUCAUCAGAAACAACAUGAAAAACAACGCUAAUUCUUCGUCUUCUUCUGUCUUCACCAUCGCAACCCCGAGGAUGGGCAAGACUAUCACCGAGACAGCCACGCGUGUUUUUACCAAAGACGGCAAGCGUUACCAGGAGACGGUCGAGACCGUGACGAGGGAAGAUGACGACGGCAACGUCACGAAGACGACCAAGACGACCACUAAGGAGCUCGACCCCUUCGGGACGAAGGAGCUGUCAGCCGCCAUUGAGCAUCCCAAGAGCAAGACAUCCCGAGGCGCCUCCCGCAAGUCUUCCACCAGCAGUAGCGAUUCUUCGCCUGAUCGCAAGGGCGCCAAGUCGCAGACAAAGACGAAGCCCACCGAGAAGUCGAAGUCCGGCAAGUCGGGACUCAUGGGCAAGAUCAAGUCCAAGACCCUGGGAGGGGACAAGUCCUCGGACAGCGACUCCAGCGACGAGGAGGAGUUCAUCGAGGAAGUCCACAGGACCAUCAACGAGCACAGGAAGAAACACGGCGUCAAGCCCCUCAAACUCAGCAAAGAGAUAAACAAGCACGCAAAGGAAUGGGCCAAGAAGUUGGCUGCCGACGAAAAAUUGGCCCACAGACCCGACAACAAAUAUGGAGAGAACGUGUACUGUGUGUCGUCUAAUUCCAGCACGUUUAAGAUAAAGGGGAAAGAAGUAACUGACAAAUGGUACUCAGAAAUCAAGGACCACGUCUUUGGCGAAGAGCCCAAAGGUUCUCUUUUGAAAUCCGGUCACUUCUCACAGAUGAUCUGGAAAGACUCGAAGCAAGUGGGCAUUGGUUAUGCAAGGAGCGCCACGGGGACCAAGAUUUUCGUGGUGGCUAACUUUGACCCACAAGGGAACUGGCUGGGACAAUUCGCCACCCAAGUGCCACCUGUUGGCGGCUUCAGCAAGACAGCCUCGAAAGAGAAGUCCUCGCUCCCAGCGACAGCCAAGGCUACUACCGCCGCCAAGUCCUCAUCCUCCUCCUCGAGCAGCGAUUCGUCGGAAGAGGGCGACUUCGCCGAGGAGUGUUUGAAGGCCCACAACAACUACCGCAAGAAACACGGUGUGCCGGCCCUCAAGCUCAACAAGGAACUGAGCAAAUUCGCCAAAGAGUGGGCCCAGACGAUCGCCAAGAAGAACGUCCUCCAGCAUAGGGACAACAACAAGUAUGGAGAGAACAUCUACUGCGCCUGGUCCUCGAACCCCAACCACAAGAUCAAGGGCAGCGAGGCCGUCGAGUCCUGGUACAGCGAGAUUAAGGACUACACCUUCGGGAAGGAGCCUUUUGACCUCAGAGCUGGUCACUUCACCCAAGUCGUAUGGCAGGACAGCAAGGAGCUCGGAGUGGGCUACGCCCGUUCGCCUACGGGCAAGAUAUUCGUCGUGGCAAACUACAACCCUGCUGGCAACUUCGUCGGCAGCUUCGCCACCAAAGUUCCUAGGCCUAAGUAAAAGUCCCCAUCGCGUGUCUUCGUCUCUCUGUUAGCUGAGCAUUAUCGGGAUAGAACUGCAGCUUGGCCGGGUGUGAGAACAAGUAUAUAAUAAUAAGAGUUGUUUUCGAAGAGAGGUUAUUUACGUGUACAUCAGGAUUUCAGUUUUGCAUGUUAAUAUUAUACGUCUGAUUUUAUCAAAGAUUUCUUUCCAACUUGUAGUUUUGAUGAUAACCAUUAUUUAGUAGAGGAGGAGGAGGAGGAGGAGGGUAGUUGUGAUGGGAGGAGGAGGAGGAGGUUAAUUUAUGCAUUGCAUCUAAAACUGUUGGAGAGAGUGAGUUGGCUCCUUUAUACUUUGUUUAGAGAUUUUAGUUUUAAGUCCAGACCAAAAACGAGAUGUGCCUUUGGUGUGCUGCUAAGAGCAUGUACCAUAUAGUGAUUCGAAUUAUAUAUUAAGGUAAUUCCAGUUAGAUGAUUCUUUGGAAUUUUUUUUAUUGUGUUUUCAAUGCUUUAUCGUAGAUAUAUUAUUUCAUGUGCCUCGUCUCUGAAGACUGAUGUGCAGAGACUUAUUGAAACUUUAGUUCCUUUAGUUUUGCUUUACAUUAUACCUGUGUAUAUAGUUAUGUAUAGUUUUUUAUAUAUAAUGACAGCCUUUAUUAUCAUUAAGAGUAGUAGCAACAGCAAGUAGAAUUUUUUUUAAUUUGGUUUCAGCUUUACGGAAGAGUUGGAUUUGUUGAGGAAAAUUAGCUCUUGAUUGUUCAAAAAAAUGAAUAUUUAUUUUUGUUGAAGAAAGCUACUGUUUGUUUGUGGAGGUAAAGUAUAAUUUUGUAUAUUUUAAGUAAAGUAUCAUUUUUCUGCUGAUGUGGAAGAAAAGAGGAGAAUUCUAGUUUUAUCAAGAGUACAGGUUAGAGAGUUAUGAUCAUGUAGGUGCUGUGUCUACAGGAGACAGCAAGUCGAACCAUGUAGAAUUUACCUUUGAUGAAAUUUACUCUGUAAGUGUAUAACAAUAAGUGUAACAAAGGUGCUACUACUCUCUAUAUUAGAUGAUAUUUACAUACCCCGAGCUUUUCAUCCAUCCCAUUGUGAGAACUUGAAAUCAUUCCUAAGCUGUUAUGUCUUACUAGUCAGUAUUUUCAUGAAAAUAUUGUGUCCCUGCACAGUACUACUGUACAGACUGGUGCUUUAUAUUAAAUAAAAUGUAGUGUUUUGUCUCUACACACACACAGCACCGUUUGUUUUCAGACUUAUUUUCAGAUUGAACAUUCCUGACCAUGGAGAUGUUCUAGGUGCAGAGGUCUUAAGUACUGAAACUUCUGUCUUACAAAUUUAAAUAUACUUCUUAUCUGAUCAAAAAUCUAUAUUAAUUUCUUUUUAAGUUCUGGUUCUAUUGUCUAUUUCGUUUUAUCUCCAGCAUAAUGAUUUAUUAAGUUUCCUGUAGAGACUUUUAUGUAAUAUUUUCAAAUAGAUAAUUUCCAUAUUUUUUUAUGAAGAAUAAAAUUGACCCCAUAAUGACAUGGGUCUUUUUUUAUCUCUUUGUAAUUCAUUGUUAUAUUUGAGUAUUACAUGUUCAUACAUAUAUGUAUUUAAUAUUUAUUUUCCAUACACUUUUCGCUUUAUUUGUGAUACAAACUGCAUGUACGUUCACCGUCAUUAUUCCAUGAAAAUAAAGCUUUAGAAUGACUGUA